GGUUAUAAUUCUACAUACGCGACCACUUCCUAUAACUAUCAAUAAAAACGCUAUUCUCUCAUUACACACAUCCAACAAUCAUAACCCACAGCCCAAACAACUCAUACAAUCCAAUAGUUAUCUAAAAUCACCAUCGUCAAUUAGAGCAAGUAUUCCCUCAACAAGGCAUAUCCAGGGUAAGGGCCCCACCAAUCAGUCGCCAGCCCAGCAAAUCCCGAGCUCUGCCGUCGUCGUCGUCGCUCGCCCGCCAUCCGCAUCGCCAAUCAUCCGCAUACGAAUCAAAGCACACAUACAGUUCUCACACGCCGAGAACUACACACACACAUAAAAAGCGGAAAGGAAGAUAUAAAUAUAAGGAUAGAAAUGGGCUCUUCACAGUCAAAGACGUCGGCAGCGCCCCGGACGUUUUUACCACAGACGUCGGUGCAGUUCUCACAGGAUUUGGUGGAGACUUUGGAGGAUAUUCCUGAGUCCGACUUCACCCGCGCAACCGAGAACUUCCUCAAAAUCGAAUCCUCCGUCUCAAAAGAACUUUCCAAGAUCCAAUCCGAAACCUCCGCCCUCCUCACCCAAGCCUGGUCCAAGACCGAUUCCCCCUCCUCCUCCACAUCACCAUCGCUUACAACCUCCGCGACGCUCGAAGAAAUCGCAGCGCUGAAAGCGAACUUGUCUGCGCGCUUGCAGAAGAUUGAGAACAAGGCCGAGCUGGGAAAGAAGGCGGACUUUGAACGGCCUAGAUUGGCGCUGAUCGCGUGCUUGAAGAAGAAUGAUGCGAAGCCGUUGGUGUGUUUGGAUGAGUUUAAUGCGUUUAAGGAUAAGCUUGAGAGUACUAUAAACUGAGUCUAGAUAUGUGAUUUUUUGUAUGAUUUUAUCAUAAAUAUUCCAUUUCUCUUAUUCUUUACGGGUUAUACUGUAGAGGUUCAUUCUGUAUUGGAUGCAAUAGAU